CCAACUGGAACUUCGCGUCCCCCGGUGGCCCCGCGCUGCGACCUAUCAACCGAACGACCGCAGCACCACCCUAAACCCCUUCCUGUACCCCCCGACGCUCUCUGUUCCCUUGUCCAGCGGCUUCCCACUCCCUCCUGCGCGACGCAAUUCCCUCCCGAUCAGACCACAGAAUUCUCGACCUGCCAAGCACCGAAGCUUGAAUUCGCAGACAAGCAUCAACCCAACUUGCUCCAUCUCCCAUCAACGUGGUACACUACCACCGUUGACCGAAGCUUAGCCAUUUACCUACAUCCUGGACACCCCAUAUCUACAAACUGCGCGUGUUUGGGAGACAUAUUGCGCACUUCACGACACGUCCUCCUUGCCUUGCAGAUCCCACGACGAACGCAGCAAGCCCUGUGCCCGAGCCCUUCGCAAUCCCCGAGAUUUCUCCCCACCUGCAUUCAGGCCGAACGCGACCUCGUCGAGGACUCGAACGACGAUCCCACGACGGUCCCCAAAGACAUACCUGCUCAGCACUUCGCCAUGCGUCGCUGAGUCGGAAGACACCUGAUUCCACCGAUUCGUAUCAAUCGCUCCUGCGGUCCCCGAGUCGCUGCGCAGACACUGGGCCUAAUUGAUGACGAAGCUGACUGUCGCGCCCCCGGCCGCAACCCUCAUUAGUAAAUGCGCAUCCUGAGCCACACUACCGGUUGGAGACGUUCUCGAAAACCUAGCCUUCAACCUCAAGAACAUACCCACCUUGCGCCGAAAGUCCAGCCAACAAUGCUCUCGUCGUUGUCGCCGUUAUAGCAGUGAAUGGCUCUGGUCCUCCCGGCGAUGCCUCUCGAGUCCCUGCUCACGAGCCCCAAUCCGCCAGUGCCUCGGCCCCGCUCCAUACUCUCCUACUUGUCUAAUCCUUUGGGCAAGCAUGCUCGAAACAUGUUUGAUAUCGCCAUUGAGCCCGAAGACCCCUUCAGGGUCUAUUCUCCAGGCCAGAUAGUCAAGGGCAAUGUGGUCCUGACUGUCUUCAAGGGAUUUGAUAUCACUCAUCUGGUCGUGGCUCUGCAUGGAUACGCGAAGGUUUAUAAACACCAAAUACCCCCCGGCGAAGGCCUGCCAGCGCCCGAGGGUCUGAUAAAUGGCAAAGGUUCAAGAGGGGUGCAAUAUCAUGGCAAUGGUCUGGCGUCAUUAUUCCAGCAUGAGCAGGUUCUUUGUGGCAGUGGCUUCCUCAAGAAACAGGUUUACAAGUUUGCGUUUGAGAUCCCUUUCCCUUCGAAAGGCCUCCCCAGCACCAUUGAUUUCGAACGGGGAACGAUAUCCUAUUUGGUUACCGCCACUCUCACCCGCCCAACAACAAUAAGCCCCGUAACCAGUCGAAGCACCAAAAUCAAGUUCCAAGACCUGGUCGAUAUCGAGGGUAUGUACACACCAAAAUCACGGGUAAUCACCUUGGAGCCUGUCUCCAAGCGCGGCAAAGUCAAAGUUGUCAAACCCCCAUCAUCCUUGACCACCCAGACGACCUCAAGCCCUGGUGCUGGUCGCCUAAGCCGAAAUAAUACGCAGAACAGCACGACCAGCCGGAGCACUCAUUCCAUAUGCAACCCUCCGCUGAGUCCCGCACCAAGCGAUGAAACAAUGCAGACAAAUGCUACGCCGGCCAGUAGCCCAAGUUUUCAGAUCGUGGACGACGUAUUACCGCCGCAAAAUCCAAGCCCGCAGAACAGUGAUGCGCGAAGUAAUACGACUUCUUCUUCUACCAAUACUAUUACCGCCACCGCUGAGCUCCCCCGGCACGGAGCGCUGCCAGGAGACACGAUUCCGAUCCGAGUGUCUAUAACACACACCAAGGCAGAUGUGCGAGGGAUGGUGAUUGCGACAUUAUACCGCCAAUGCAGAAUUGACAUGCAUCCUCCGCUUCCACUCCCGAACAGGUCAGGCAAGGAAAGAAAGAUGGAGUAUGAAGACGUGUACCCGAAGUCCCGCACAGGUCUAGGAGGCUUGUACUUUUCAGCUGCUUCACCCAACAGUGUUUUCCGAAAGGACCUCGCUCAGUCGUCCACCAUGAUGAUCGUCAACCCGGCAACGAUGACUGCUGACAUUACGACAUCUAUCAAAGUCCCCGAUAACGCAUUUCCCACGAUCGCCAAUGUACCAGGCGAUAUGAUAUCAUUCACUUACCACAUCGAAGUGGUGGUCGAUCUAUUCGGAAAACUCGGCGAGACUCGCUUGUGGCCAAGACUCACUUCUAGCGAACCAACCUUUUCUCAGAGUUCUGAUGCCAGCAAUCAAAUCACUUCGGAGUGGUCCCUCCAUAUCUUAGACACAGCCCCCCUACGGCGGACCAAAAGUGUCGUCGCAUUCGAAAUGUCGCUUGUGGUUGGAACCCAGGACAGUAGUAGGAAAAGGAGACAGAUCAAGCCAGCAGAGCCUCAGUAUGCUGGAGAUACGACUCAAGAACCGGAUCAAGGCUGGGACGACUGGCAAUAUUAUAAUGAGGCUUACGAUGGACAGUAUUAUGAUGAAGCAGGAUAUCCUUAUUACGAUGGUUACGGAUACGACUCUGGUUAUGAUCAGAACUCCCGACCAGUUUAUCCCACUCCGGCACCCGAGCUGAUACCUCCUCCCGCACCGGAAGAAACAGUCGAUGAGAAAACACGGCUACGGAGACAAGAACAACUCUUGUUUCCGAGCGAACCUCCGCAGGAAGGAGAAAGCUCCAAUAACCCUGUGCCGUAUACCCCGACCGCCCCGAAUUUGUCAUCCGAACCUUUACCACAUGUGAUUGAGGCCCAGAACGAUGGAAGCGUGACACCUUCAACGCCGCACGCUGCUAGUUCAGUCGCAUCGGCAAGAUCUGGGGAUACGAUCCGACCGUACUCAACAUCCCCACCUCCACCCCCUGCUUCAACCAGCAACGGGGCCCACACCGAUGACAAGCAGGAAUUGGAACGGCGGCGACUUCUAGCACAGACGAGUGAGCCACCAUCAGAGCACGAAGCGCAAGUGCCAGGCGGCGCGGCCGUUGCCUCUCUAGCACCAACGGCGCCUCUGAUGGACGACGAGUACAGUGUACAAAUACUGCAUAACGACCAUGAAGGCCCCGAUCUACCCCAGUACGAGCGUUGAUUCGGGGUUUCUCUUUUCUUGAAUGCCUUUUUGGAUGGCUAUUUUGAUCAAAGCGAUGGCGUUGGAGGAUGAUUUGUGUUGGGCAUUGAGUCUGAACGGGUAUGACACCUAGGAAAGUGUGUCUUGUUCCCUCAUAUCGAGCAUUUGAAACGGAUGAUCCGUACGGGAGAGAGCUUUAUGGGAGGGAUUUCGUUUUGGCACUUUUGACUGAACAGGAGCCCAUCCCGUCUGCAACUGACUGCUACCCAGAUGGUUGUGGCGCCAAAUAGAAAUGAUCGACAGCUCGAUCACUUGAAAAGACCUAUUAUCUUGUCUUCUACGCUUCUCCCGCUCAUGGCUCUACGAAGCACAGAUCUGACACCACCAAAUAGGACAUUGACGUCUUCCCAGCACGACUUUAUCUUCGUGAAAUUGGGGUUUAGCUUGAAUCAUCUCAUCAAAGCAUUCCUUCAAACCAG